AUGAAACAUCACUCAAUCUACCCUGUACACAUUUCCCUUCUUCCAUCCCCCACCUCCUCCCCUCAACGCCCCCUCCUUCUCCACCCCAAAUCCUUCCCGCUUCCCCCCCUCCCUCUCCCCCCCGUCUUCCCCCUCCGCCCUCCGUCCCCAGCGGAGGAGCUUGAAGGCGGCGUUCAUGGCGUCAAACCCCGCGGCCCUGCACUGCAGUCCUUCCCAGAUGACAUCGACCCAUCGGAGGAGCUGUUGAACCUCAAAGCGGCGUUCAUGGCGUCCAAUCCUGCGGCUUUGCAGUCGUUUCCAGACGACAUCGACCCGUGCAGCGCGGAGUGGCAGGAGAGGAUCAAGUGCAACGAGCAUGGCCGAAUCAUAGAGCUCAAUCUCGCCAACGAGCUGCUCAAAGGGUCAAUCCCAGGCCGACAGCUGGCGCAGCUGGAUGCGUUAGAGCGCCUAAAUCUGGGCUACAAUUCUCUGACUGGCCCCAUUCCCAAGGACCUUGGCUCUCUCAACAGCCUCACUUUCCUGUCGUUUGAGGCGAAUCAGCUGGAGGGACCUAUCCCGGACUGGAUGGCGCCACUGCUCUCACGGCUUGUUGAAAUUCGCUUCGCCAACAACCAGUUCAACGGCUCUCUGCCUAGAAGCCUCGGCACCCUCCGGAAUCUAACCACACUGGACAUGGGCAGCAACAAGUUAUCGGGCGAGCUACCACCACAGCUAGCCUACUGCAGUAACCUCAAACUCAUCUCUUUUCCAGCCAAUCAGCUGUCGGGUCCCAUUCCCGAGUGGCUAGGGAACCUCAAGCAGCUUGAAGUCCUGGAGAUGUACACCAACGGGCUCUCAGGCCCCAUCCCCAUGCAGCUGGCUCUCGCAGUGUCCCUCCACUCCAUUGCCAUGGACGACAAUCAGCUCUCAGGGCUGCUCCCCCCCGAGCUAGGGGACCUACCCAAUCUAUCCGCCAUCUAUGUGGCGAACAACAAGCUGGAAGGGCCCAUACCGGACUCCUACAGCAAGCUCGAGUCUCUCAUGUACCUGGAUGUGAGCUACAACGAGGGUAUAAACGGCACUAUCCCAGAGUUUCUAGGGAAAAUGGCACGCAUCCAGUCAAUAGCCUUCGAGUAUUGCGACUUAACCGGCCCCAUUCCCGCCAACCUGGGUGAGCUGCAGAACAUAGUGGAGAUCUUUCUGGACAACAACCAGCUCACGGGGGACAUCCCGCCAUCGCUGGGGCAGCUCGUGACGCUCAACAAGCUCUUCCUCAACCACAACAUGCUCUCGGGGCAAAUUCCUACAGAGCUUUGUCAGCUCACCAACAUCUACGAUCUGAAUCUGGCGAGGAAUCAGCUGCAGGGGGGCAUACCCGCGUGCUUGACACAGCUGCCGCACCUAGCCACCCUGACUCUGUCUAUGAACCUCCUCACAGGCCCAGUCCCAGACAUCAGCAGCACCAACGCAGUGAAAUUUGAGUACAACGGCAACUGCCUUGACAACGUGCCGGAUCAACAGGACGUCUGCGCUGCUCCCACCACCACUCCUCCCUCCACAGACGGGACCCCCCCUCCCACGGACGGAACCCCCACUGAUGGGACCACCGCCAGUCCCCCCACAGCUGACGGCACCACCACUGACGGCAGCAGCAGCGGUGGCGGCGAUGCUGCUUCCCAGGAGUCUCCUCCUCCCGCUGAGGCUGCUGCUGCUUCAGUCUCUGCUCCUCCCCCUCCUCCCCCUGCCAACCAAGGCUCCCCAGCAGCAGCGUAUGUGCUGCUGGGCUUUUUUGUCAUCUUCUUCAGCGUCCUCGUUAUAGUGGCCUUCAUUUGCAACGUGAGGAGCUCUGGAACCUCCUCCUCCAAUCGCCCAGACCAAUUGCCCGUAACGGAGUACAGCCUAUCCAAGAUCAAGAAGGCAACACGAAACUUCACCACCAUCUAUGGGCGGGGAAGCUUUGGCAUGGUAUACCUGGCAGAGGACUUUUUCCGAGACCAGUCUGACCCGCGAGCCAUCAUCAAGCGAGCCCACGACCCUCAGAAGUUGGGCGAGUUCCUGUUCAAGUGCAAGGUGGAGGUGCUGGCAAGGGCACGGCACCGCUACCUCGUGAACCUGCUGGGGUACUGUGUGGGCAAGGGCGAGCGCAUCCUCGUUUAUGAGUACCUCUCUAACGGCACGCUCUUCGACCGCCUACACAGGCCGGAGCUGGAACCGCUUCCCUGGGAAACGCGUGUGAGCAUAGCAGUGAACAUCGCGUGUGCCUUGGAGUAUCUGCAUCACGGCGUGUCUCCCCCCCUCGUGCACCGUGCUGUGACCUCCUCCAACAUCCUGCUCGCCCAUGACAUGAGCGCCAAGUUGUCGGAUUUCGGCAUUGCAAGAGGCAGCGGCGGCGCAACCUCAUCCUUUGAGGAGAACCCAAGGAGGCAGCGCAAGUCACGGGCGGGGAGGGCAGAGAGGGGGGAGGCGAGUGAGGCGAGCAUGCAGAUGGAGAAGGUGGACGUGUAUGGGUUCGGAGUGGUGCUGCUGGAGCUCAUCACGGGGCAGAAGGCCAUGAAGGAGGUCCACAUCACCAGCGUGAUGGAGAAGGUGGACGUGUAUGAGUUCGGAGUGGUGCUGCUGGAGCUGAUCACGGGGCAAAAGGCCAUGAAGGAGGUCCACAUCACCAGUGUGGUGAGUCGUGGUACAGUGCGGUUGGGUGCGGUUCAAUGCGGUGCAGUGCGGUACAGUGUGGUGCAGAGUGGUGCAGAGUGGUUCGAUGCAGUACAGUGCGGUGUAGUGCGGUAUGUGCAGUGUGAGGCGAGCAUGCAGAUGGAGAAAGUGGACGUGUAUGGGUUCGGUUCGACCAUUACGGCUCCAUUUCAUCUCCCUUUCUUUCCCUUUUUGCUCCUUCCCUGCUAUCUUCCCUGCUAUCUUCCCUGCUACCUUCCCUGCUAUCUUCCCUGCUAUCUUCCCUGCUACCUUCCCUGCUAUCUUCCCUGCUAUCUUCCCUGCUACCUUCCCUGCUACCAUCCCUGCUACCUUCCCUGUACUUUUCCUCGUCUCCCCUCAGGCCGCCCCUUUCCUGGAAGAUGCCUAGAUGAUGCCUCUCAUGGUGGACCCGCAGCUCGGCAGCUACUUCAACUCGCUUCCUUUCCCCUCACCAUCUCUACCCCCCUAUUUUCGUCCUCCGCCGCCCCUUUCGUGGAAGAUGCCCAGAUGAUGCCUCUCAUGGUGGACCCACAACUGGGCGGCCGCCCCUUUCCUGGAAGAUGCCUAGAUGAUGCCUCUCAAGGUGGACCCGCAGCUCGGCAGCUACUUCAACUCGCUUCCUUUCCCCUCACCAUCUCUACCUCCCUAUUUUCGUCCUUCGCCGCCCCUUUCCUGGAAGAUGCGCAGAUGAUGCCUCUCAUGGUGGACCCGCAACUCGGCGGCUACUUCAACCAAUCAGAGCUCAUCGAGCUCGGCACCAUCGCGCGGGACUGCGUGCAAGAAGACGCGUCCAGCCGCCCGACCAUGCGCGAGGUGCUCCAAACCAUGGAGGAGCGACUCCGUCUCGACUCCCACCUCUUUGAUAAUCUUAACGAGGAUGAUGCGUUGCUUGUCGAUGGUUACUCCGCUGCGGUUCCCGCUGCUGUGACUGCCAGCGGGAGGCGGUCGGGCGUCGGGUUUGGGAGCCUGAGGCUGAGUGUGGGGGGAGGGGGAACGAGUUCGGGGAGGGGUGGGGAGAGUGGGCGGUGGGGAGCAAGUGUGGAGAGUUUUGCGCAGUCGAUCAAGUAUGUGCUGAUGAGCCCGGGGCGGGCGGGGAGUGGGAGGGGCGGAGCGGGUGGGUUGCCGGUUGAUGAUCCCCAUGACCUCGAGAUGUCUUCUCUUCUUGUGAUGAACGCAGCCGAUGCACGGCGAUAG